AUGUCUGCAAUUAUUAAAAAACCAAAACAAGAAACAAUGACCAGAUUUAUCUCUUACUUUGCGUUAUUUUGGAUUAGUAUCGGAUUAGUGCAUGGAGAACUUGUUGAACAGGGGGUUCAGAGGAUCUGUUUGGUCUAUAGUACGCUGCGGCAAGGCGAGACAAACAAGACCGUUUCAAAACCAAUCAAUGUUUAUAUUCGACAGGAGUAUCUAAAGAUAAUCGAUAAUGACACAUCGCGGGUUCGCUUAGUCUUCACAGGAGUGCGAUCGGUGGAAGAAUAUCUUAUGGGUGUAGCUAAAGAUGAAGAGUGGUGCUUGCCUGGGCCGGGCAUAUCACAAGAGACCAAGGAGUCUUGGCCAGAUUCAGAUGAGGAUCCAGUAGUCUUUGGCACAAUCCCCCGGGUUAUCAAAGACCUUAAAAAGACCUUGUGGAAUAGAUUAGGAGGGCGAGGUUUGCUCAUUAUCACUAGUUUCUUAAGCAAUCGAGAUAUUGCGUUUUUGAACUGGAUCGGCUUGCCCUGCUGUGUAAUUCCAAUGUACGAGUCUCCAGCCAAGGCCAGUGUUCUACUGGGACUAAGCGGACUUAGUUUUGGGAUUAUUGUACUGGAAAACCUCAGUGGCCGCGAGAGUUUAGAAGAUCUUGGCUCACGGGCCCAAACACUACAGAGUGCCGAGCUGCACAUUAUAACGCCAAUCCGAUUUCAAAGAGAAGUGGCUUACUUUGUAGCUUUAGUCUUAGUACUGGGCUUUUUAGGGAUCAUGCUUAUAUGUAUAUACUAUCACUACGCUAGAGCACUGGCCCCAGCCAAACGAACCCCAAGCAUUGAUUUGGAGGCUCUUAAUGCCUUGCCUUUACAUUUCUAUCGCGCCCCAGCCGAUGGCGAGGCUCUUAUUUGUAUGAUUUGCAUGGAGACAUUUGAGAAAGACAACCUAUGCCGCACUCUUCCCUGCCAGCACCAGUUCCAUCCGUACUGCAUUGACCCCUGGCUCAUUAACCAGUAUGCCCGCUGCCCGUAUUGUCAGAAAUCAGUCGUAUCCUAA